UUCCGCAUCUGUUAAUGAGCGGAAAUAUUAUACGUGAUCGCCCUCGCCCGAGUUCCAUGAGAAUGUCUCUUCACACCCUAGCAUAUACAGAACAAGUCAGGCAUUCUGAAUGAUGUUUGUUCGGGACAUGGGACGAGGCAGAGGUCGUGCGAUCUUUGCAAACCGCACAAUACUACGGGGUGAGGUAGUCUUGGAUGCAAAACCGUACGUCAGUGUACCUUCGAGCACGACCUCCACUUGCAUGGAGUGCUGGCAAUACGUCUCGGAUAACAACUGCACACUUAAAUGCAAGAAAUGUCAUCAGGCUGUAUUCUGUUCCGAUGCGUGUGCCGAAAAAGGUAGCACGCGACAUGCACUUGAGUGUGCCGCUCUAAAGAAAUUGUGUUGUAGCUCUGUAGUGAAGGAUAAGGGCUCGCGGCAAAUGAUGCACUUAGCACUCCGGGCUAUGCUGGGUGUUACUGCGCUGAAAUUCUCUGCUGUUCAUAUAGAUAGUCGAAGACGAUUAUCUGACGAGAACAUGAUUGCUUCGACAGGGCCAACUCCAUUGAUGGGGCCAUCUACGUGUUCCCAAAUAGAGAAUAAUGUGAUGAUAGAUAUCGGGACAGCUGGUGCUGUCAAUGAUAGGGAAAGCGUCGAUAGAAAAAAUGGGAAAUGUUUGAUAGAGGGUAUUGUGAGUGGGCAAAAGGGAAUGGAAUCAGUGGAAGCGCUCGAGGACAACCGCAUGGCAUUCUCUACGCAGCAGAUCAAUCAGCUCACAACAGCGGCGAAAGUACUACUGAAGUGUGCACCUUCGCUCUCGGGUGAAUGGAGUAUUCGUCGUGUUGUUAGCCUCCUGUGCAAACAAGAAUGCAAUGUGCACGGUGUCUGGGGUGGCCCAGAUAUUGGCUGGCGAGGUGUGUGUACAUGCAUUGGUAUGGCCCUUAUUCCCGAGGCCAGCUAUUUUAAUCAUUCAUGCACUCCCACACUCGUCGCUAUUCGAUCUGCAGCGCGCAUGAAAAUGAGGUCAGAUUCAUUACAUAACCCCGUUGAAGUAUCGGAUAUAGAUUUUUGCAAAAUCAACUGCCAAGGAACGAGUUCUUCUGCCGAUCUGUCAUAUGUAGCAUUGCAUACAAUUCAAGCAGGUGAAGAAUUGACUAUAUCUUAUGUUUCCUGCAAACAAACUACGGAGGAAAGGCAAAAGGCCUUGGAGUCAUAUAUGUUCAAAUGUACAUGCGCUGCUUGCGCAGGAAAAGCGCGCACUCACGUGAUGCGAAACUUCUUAAACCGCUAUGCGUGCUCGAAAUCGACAUGUCCGGGAUUGCUCGUGCCUUUUUGCGGCAAAGAUGAUAGCAUAUGCGCGAUUUGUGGGUUACGGUAGGUCCAGUUCACGGCUUCGAUCAUUAAAACUAUAAGGUC